CAGUUCCAUUGCGGUGCAGUUAGCUGCGGAUAGAACCCGAGACUCAGCUCUAGAUUCAGUAGAAUCCAUCAGUGGCAACAUCAGCGACGUGCAGUUUUGAAAAUAUUCACCAACUGAAUAUCGUCUAUUUUGACACAUAAAUCUUUAAGUGACAUUCCUAUAAUUACAUUCAAGUUUUUGUGCAUUCCUUAAACAAGGCAAAUAAAUCGCAGCGCAAUGAUGACAAACAAAUUCGCUUUUGGCGCCUUGGCUCUUCUAACCAUUUGUUUGCUGGCCAUCUCAAGGACCGAUGCGGCACCAAUGCCCAGGUACCAAAGCUCGAAUGGCGGCUACGGCGGCUAUAACGAGCUCGAGGAAGUGCCCGAUGAACUUUUAAUGGAGUUGAUGACACGCUUUGGCCGCACCAUAAUACGAGCACGCAACGACCUGGAGAACUCGAAGCGCACCGUGGACUUUGGACUGGCGCGUGGUUAUUCCGGCACUCAGGAGGCGAAACAUCGCAUGGGACUCGCUGCAGCCAAUUUUCCCGGCGGACCGGGACGAAGGCGGCGUUCGGAAACCGAUGCUUAAAUAUCUUAAAACAUCUCUCGAUCACGAUAAUGUCGAAAACUAAAUGCGAAAAUCUAUUAAGAAAAUUACACAACAACAACAACAACAAACGUUUUUACAAAUUUUGCGGAUCUUAAAUUUGAGUUUUAUUUUUCGAAAUAUGAUUUUUCAAUAUUUCAGCGCUAAUUUCGAUUCAUUGUAUAUACAUAUAUAUAUUUAUAUUGAAGUUAUUUCAAUCUACUAUAUUUGCAAAUUAAACAACACUCGCAUGUUUGCUAAAAACACAAAAGAAAUAUAUUAAAGGAAAUUUUCACGGAAUAAAAAGACAAAAAUAAAAAUGUUAAACUGUUGCUCCAAAGUUAUAAAGUGUUUAUGCAUCCUUUAACAAAUAACAAUAAUAUAUAUAAUAUAAGAGUACCACGAUCAUGAUCCCCUCUCGCUCUCUCGCUCGUCUUAAUGUUUGAAACAAAUCAAAAAAGAAUAAAACAAAAUACGAAACCAAUUGAAUUGCAUUGAUAUGAAUUCGAAUUAAUCAAAAAUAA